UCUAAUUAAAAGAACACUCGUUUUGCUAAAGUAAUAUUGAACGUUACUUGUUGACUUUUGUGAAGUAUUAUAAAACGACUCGACUGUGUAUUACUAUACUGUUGUUAAGAGCUAAGAGAAGACGAAGUUAUUCCAAUGGACGGUCAAGUUUUCCCCAAGAGCACCUUGGAGAGUGCCCGUAAGGCCAAACUCACAAUGGAGAACUUCUACGACAACCUACUCGUUCAGGAUCGGGACAGAACCAACCGGUGGAAGAAACUGGACCUCUCUAUGGAAGAGAUGGGUCUAUCCAAUGAUGAGAGAGAUGAGCAUAGAACGGUACAUGCUCGCAAGGAGACAGAGUUCCUGCGACUGAGACGAUCAAGACUGGGCAAGAAAGACUUCAACUGUCUCAAGAUCAUCGGUCGAGGGGCGUUUGGUGAAGUAGCUCUAGUACAGAAGGUGGACACUGGACAUGUGUACGCUAUGAAGAUACUCAGAAAGUCAGACAUGUUGGAGAAAGAACAGAUAGCACACGCUCGAGCUGAGAGGGACAUUCUAGUAGAGGCUGACAAUGUAUGGGUGGUCAAGAUGUAUUAUUCAUUCCAAGACACCAUCAACCUCUACUUGAUCAUGGAGUUCUUACAAGGGGGGGACAUGAUGACACUCCUUAUGAAGAAAGAUAUUCUCUCUGAGGAUGCCACAAGAUUCUACAUUGCCGAGACUGUGCUGGCCAUUCAUUCCAUUCACGAAAUGGGAUUCAUUCAUAGGGACAUCAAGCCUGACAACCUUCUGCUGGAUGCUAGUGGUCAUAUUAAGCUGAGUGAUUUUGGACUGUGUACUGGCCUCAAGAGGAGCCACAGAACAGAGUUCUAUAGGGAGCUCAAUAACUUAGAUUUAUCUGAUUCACAGGACUCAAAGAAGUUCUCCCAAGCUUGGAAGAAACAAAGAAGAGAUAGAGCGUACUCCACUGUGGGCACUCCUGACUAUAUUGCACCUGAGGUGUUUAUGCAAACCGGAUACAACUUUGUGUGUGACUACUGGUCACUGGGGGUCAUCAUGUAUGAGAUGUUGAUGGGUUUUCCUCCUUUUUGCUCUGAGAAGCCUCAGGACACAUAUCGUAAGAUCAUGAACUGGAGACAGCACCUCAUCUUCUCACCAGAGCUCCCUCCCAUCUCAGCUAAGUCAGAGGACCUCAUCAAGAGACUGGUGUGUGAUGCCCAGAACAGACUUGGCUACAGUGUAUCUGAUCUCAAGAAUCAUCAUUUCUUCCGUGGCACUGACUGGGAGCAUAUACGAGACAGGCCAGCAGCCAUCCCUAUCAAUGUCAAACAUAUGGCAGACACUUCAAACUUUGAUGACUUUGAGGAACUCGACCAACAGAAAAGAUCAUUCAACGAUGGCAAUGAGGAGGCUCAGAAGGACUGGGUGUUCCAGAACUACACGUUUAAGAGGUUUGAGGGUCUCACUCAGAGGGGGCUUCAUCAGAACUCUCACAGCGGCUGGGCAGAGCAAGCUAAAUGAACUCAUUCAUGAGAAUCAUUCAUGACUAUGUUUUAAUCUCAGUUUGUUUUCAUUAUUACUACUUUAUAGCUGAAAUGUUCUCCGAUAAUUUAUAAUCAUAAUUUAUAUGAACACAAACAAAGUGAUACAUUGUAACAGGAGUGUGAAGAUCAUCAUCACACAUCAUA